ACCACCAAAAUAUUUGUACUCAGCGAACUCAGCGCAGCAAUACGCCAAAUACAACGGCAACGACAACAUCCAGCGACACGACUCAGACCGUAAGAACAAGCGCAAGCAUUUACUGCAUAUAAGUUCGGAGACAUAAUAUGCAAAGGAUGCGAUAGCGAUACGAUACAUUACAAUACUUUUAAUCAUUACUUACAAUUAAUCUGCUUUUGCGCCAGCCUUCUACUUGGAGUUUUCUUCUCUUCGCCUGGGCCAAAGCGAAAGCUACCUACGGAGUAUUGAAAAUUCAAGUCAAGGUUCCCACCUUGCCCCUCGUGCUUUAUGAAUCCUCAAGCAGCAUCUCCAGCCGACCAGACACAAACCAGACCCCAACUCAAGACUCCUCAUAUACUACAGUCGCGAGAGUUAGGCGAGCAGGGAGCGCCUCAGUCUCAAUAUGUUCAAGCCAUAGCAUUGAAACCGGCACCAGUAGCCAAGUCGUGGGCGCAUUUUGUUGCUGGAGGGUGAGUUUUGCUUGAUUGUGACUUUCUUUCUUCUUUCCCGCAAUAUACCACAUCCUCAAAACAUGCUAAUAAAUUAUCCUCUGUAGAAUAGGAGGAAUGACUGCAGCAGCCGUAACCGCUCCCCUUGAUGUCCUGAAAACUCGACUGCAAUCCGAUUUCUACCAGCAACAACUCUCCCAAUCGCGCCUCGCAAAAGGCAUAUCCCCACACGCGCACCUCUCAGCCUUCAGAUCCGGCAUCCUCCAUUUCCGAGAGACUUUCCAGAUUCUAGGCUCCGUCCAUCGCGUAGAAGGCUUCCGCGCACUCUUCAAAGGACUCGGACCAAAUCUCGUCGGCGUCGUUCCAGCGAGGAGUAUAAAUUUCUUCGUGGUAGGAAAUGGGAAACGGAUAAUUGCAGAUUACGGGAACAAUGGGAAGGAGAGUGCUUGGGUUGUGUUAUGCGCAGCAUCUCUGGCUGGGAUUGUGACCUCGACCGUUACGAAUCCGAUUUGGAUGAUCAAAACGAGGUUACAACUGGAUAAAAAUGUGGUGGAAGAGGCUGGAGGUACGGCGAAAAGGGUCUACAAGAAUAGUUGGGAUUGUAUCAAGCAGGUCGUGCGAAAAGAGGGGAUCCGUGGUUUAUACAAGGGCAUGAGUGCUAGUUACCUGGGAGCAUCGGAAACUGCUUUGCAUUGGGUGCUGUAUGAGCAGAUGAAGACAUCACUAGCCAAGCGCGAGGCAAAGCUCCUUGAAAGUGGGCGACAGAGAACUCUCUGGGAUAAUAUCGUCGACUGGACCGGCAGUACUGGUGCAGCGGGUGGUGCAAAACUGGUCGCGGCUUUGGUCACUUAUCCACAUGAAGUAGGUCAACUCCUUCCCCAUAUUCGUGGCCUACUAACGUUUUUCUAGGUUGCUCGAACCCGUCUCCGUCAAGGGCCUAAGGCAAACGGAAAACUGAAAUACACAGGCCUUCUCCAAUGCUUCAAGCUGGUAUGGAAAGAAGAAGGCAUGGUAGCAAUGUACGGAGGCUUAACCCCUCACCUAUUACGAACAGUGCCCAGCGCGGCAAUCAUGUUUGGGAUGUAUGAAGGCAUAUUGAAGUUACUACAUGCUGAGCGGUGACGAAAACGCUUUUCAUGACGACUGGGUGUAAACGGGGGUAAAGUAAACAUGAUCAUAAACACGAUCAUGGACGAGGGAAAGAACUGCAAGGAACGUUACGUGUACAAUAUCUGCAUACUAUGUGAAAAAAGAAGGGAUUUGGGCGGAGGACGGGA